AUGAAACCACAAGAUGCUGCCAUAGCACGCUUCUAUGGUCUGCCAAAGAUCCACAAACCACACGUUCCCUUACGGCCAAUUGUGGCGCUGAAAGGCAUACCUACCUACAGUCUGGCUAAAUGGCUUACCAAACAUCUGAAGAAGCUGACGGAGGGCUCAGAACACACAGCUGUAUCCCCAACACACUUCCUGGAAAGACUCCGAGGCGUCAAAAUAGCCCCCAAUGAAAUAAUGGUGUCCUUCGACGUCGUCUCUCUUUUCACCUCCAUCCCUAAAGAAUUAGCCACGAGGGUCAUAAGUGACCUACUGGAGCGGAGGUACGAGGAAGAGGAAAGACCUCUGAAAAGGAAGUACAUAAUGGAGCUACUGGACUACUGUUUGAGCACGUACUUUACGUUUUAUGGCCAGGUGUACGAGCAAAUCCAGGGAACUCCGAUGGGAUCACCAAUCUCCGGCUACCUAGCUGAGGCGGUUCUACAAGAACUGGAAACACAGGUCUUUCAGUCCUACAUGCCAAAAUUCUGGAUGCGCUAUGUGGAUGACACCUUUGUCAUCCUACCUCGAGACAUAAAAGAGACGUUCAGAAGCAAAUUGAACUCAAUUUUCCCCCGAAUUCGAUUCACUAUGGAGGAAGAAAAAGACGGAGAAAUCCCAUUUCUUGAUGUCCAGGUGUCGAGACAGGAAGACGGAGCCCUCCAAACUGGUGUCUUUCGAAAGGCGACCGAUACGGCGAAAAUCCUCCAUUACAGAAGUAACCACCCUUUGUCACAUAAGCGCAGUUGCGUGCGGACACUCUUCCUACGCAUCAACACACACUGCAGCACAGAGGCUGAAAAGCUGCGAGAGCGUAAAUCCCUAUGGCGUCUCCUUCUCUCCAAUGGGUACCCACGUAGCUUCAUAAACAAAUGCCUCUAUCAAAGGCACGCGAAGACCGACGGUGAACAAAAACAAAAACCUGAAAUAUUCCGUGCUUUGCCCUACGUGAGUGACGUUUCCGAAGCCACUGAACGCAUGCUCAGACAACUCAACGAGGGUUUUGGACACCGGCCGGAGGUCACUAUCCGCCGCUUGCUCCUGCAGCCCAAGGGGCGGCUACCGCCUGAGGACACGUCAGGAAUUGUUUACCGCGUCAACUGUCUAGACUGUCCGGCCAAUUAUUGUGGCAUGACCGACAAACGAUUAAGGUCGCGCAUGCAUGAGCAUUCUCUAGCUGUAAAGUGA